UUGAGUAAUUUUUAAAAAGAUGACUAAUCGGUAAUCGGAUUCUUGCGUCAUAAUAUGUAUUGCUUACAUUUUUACCGUUUGGAGUUUGGGUAUUCCCGCUUCUUAAGCUGACGAACGAUUGAACACAACAUAUGUUUAUAACUAAAAUCCGCUCAUAUUUAUUUCAGUUUGACUUUCUCGCUUGUUGAAUAAAUACACAGGAAAUGUUUAUUUAAAAUAAAAUACCUAUUAAGAAAUCUACAAACAUCCUUAAAGUUUUAAAAGUCCACCAAAUAAGGCACCAAUAUUUUUAAAAUGGAUUUAGCAAAAUUAUUAGAAGAUCUUCCUUGGAUAAAACUUGACUGGUGUUUUCCGAGCAUGACCCAAGAGACCAAUGAACUUAUUCAGAAAUGCACUGAAAUACCUGAAAUUGAACCAGACCCUGAAGUUGAUGAAAUUAUUGAGAGAAGCAAGAAUUUUCCUAUACCUUUCCCGAUUCAGACUGUGAGAUUGGAGAAACUGAAGGAGCAUCGUCCCAUAGACAGAUUAAAGAGGAAUAUUUCAGAGACAUAUCCUAUUAUACACGAGAGGGUCUUGUUGCUGAUGGCACACUUUUUAAUAUAUAAACGUGAACAUGGCAGUAGUAUAGAGAAAGAAUUAUACAGAGACAUGACCAUACCAGAGCUUAUUGAUCGAUUAUUACUGAAAAGAGCCGUAUCGUUUAUGGGAGCUCGCGAUGCAUAUAUGUUAAUGAGUGGCAAGAAGGGCGUCGAUGGUUGGGAGAACGUGGGGACCCCGGCGGAAACAGAGCCGCUGGUGUUGAAAGACGUGCUCAGCUACGAUGAGAUAAAGCUCUCUGCUUUUUUGUUCGUGAGCGGACCCACCGAGUGCAUCAACAGUGGCUCCAGGAGGAACUGCGGCGUUCUAGACGACGAUGACAUCGAGAAGGAAGCCAUUAUCAUAGGAGCCAUAGGGCCGCGCUUCAAGCGGUUGAAUCGAAUGGACUACGAGGACAUGGUGAUAUCGAAAACGCAGAACACUGCAGAGCGCGGCUACGGCGAGCACGAGGCGCCGACCAGGUGCAUGGACGUACUGCGACACGCGUACACGCGCGACGCCAGCCUCGCCAAGCGCGCCUGGAGGCAGCUGUGGGCCGAGCUGUACCAGGUGCACAGCUACACGUACGAGGAGCUGAGCGCGCGGCUCGCGGGGGCGGCCUCGGACCGCUACGUGAAGCUGCCGCGGGGGGGCGCCUGGUUCGACAACGAGGUCUACUACAAGCGGAUCUGCAUCCUCGCGGAGACCGUGCUGCUGGAGGCCGAGGGGCGGGCUCGAGGCCGGAGCGUGUUCCUCAACGUGGUGGGCUGCGGACUGGGAGUGUGGAAGAUAUCCCCUCACCAGACCGACGUGUACGUGCUCACCUUCCUCGAACGCAUCCGCGCCAUGCUGGACGAGGAGGCACUCGAUCACAUCACAGACGUCAACUUCGCCUAUAUUGGUACUUCAAAGAGUGUUACAGCUUUAUUCGCGGAUCGAAGUGAAGACAAAGAGAGUGCCGCUAAGAUAAUGUUUCUGAAGAACGAGAGACAUCCGAAGGGUGGCGUGAGCGUGCAGCUGGAGGACAGGGAGCCGGCGAGCAGGCUGCACGGGCGGCACCGGGGCAAGCUGCUCGUCCUCACCUAUCCCUGGGACGGGAACGCGCAGCCGGGGAACGAGUUCUGGGAGGAAAGUUUGUCGAGUUCAGGCGACCCGGCGGCCGCGUGCUCCACGCAAGUGUCGGAAUUGCACAACGCGCGCGGUGCGGGUAGCCGCACGCGGCGGCGUGCACGCGCUCCGGGACCGCGCGCGGCCGCUCACACCUGUGUCGCUUAGUUUAUAAUUUUUUUUUAAGGGAUUUUAUGACUUUGUAACUGAGACCUUUAAGUCAUGUCUUAUUUUAAUUUAUAUUCAUAUUUUUAUAAAAAAUGAUAUUAUGGAGUGAAAUGAACUGAAGAUGAUUAAUUUGAGACAUUAAUCAACUGGGAUGAAAUUAAACAAAAUGAAAUGAGAUGUUAUGGGAUGAAAUAUAAUCUCAGUAAAAUGGUGGUCAUUUACUAAGAUUUUUCAUUGGACUUUUUGGAGGAUCCCGAGAAGCUACUUCCAGUAGCUUUGUUUCAUUUUCCCACAUUUGUGCACUUUCACAGAUAUUAAACGGUUAAUAAACCACCAUUAUUACACAUUUAAACCCGAAAAAACACUAAAUAGACAAAAUAAAACAAAUCACACAACUUCACUCCUCGCGUUCCCGCCAAAAAGUCCCUUAGUUUAUCAGAGCGGAUUGAAUCCACAGAGGAUGUUAUAUAGCAUAUCGACGCUUGAAAGGCAAAACUAAGCGACAAUGCGUGAACAUUACAGUAGACUAAUUUAAAGUUGAAAUACCUGAAAAAAAAAAUAUUUUAACGAAUCUAGCUGUAGGAUUGAAAUGAUUUUAAUAGACCUAGAAAUUUUUAUGUUGGGUGCCCGACUGUCAUGAGACUUUCGGGUUGUCAGUUCCGGUAUCGGCCGGAGACGCGUGUUUGCCGCUUCAAAGUCUGGCGCGCACUACCAGGGGGUGCAAUAGAUGCGCGGGCGCGAGUAGCACGGGGUGGGUCGUCGCGGCACGGACCUGAGUCACAUCCCCUUUGGCCCCGCGAAACGGAACGCUGCGUUACAAAAUAUAUAUUUUUUCCGCAAAUUAUGUAUAAAGCAGUUAUUGUCGCUUAGUCACGUUUGCCUAUCAAGCGUCGAUACGUUUAGGACAAUGGAAAAGACUUGAAGGCGUGAAACGGCAUUGGAUGAUGAGUGGUCUCUGUCGGUCAUGGACGCCGGAAAUACCGUUGACCACGCAAGGCUCGUUUGAAGGACAUGACGUCAUAGCGUACGGGAAACACCGUGGAGGGGAGCUCGUUCCAGAGUCGGAAUGUGCGUGGAGACGAACUGUGGACAAUCGCAGCGGUUCUAGGUAUUAUGGAUGAACUCCAAAUGACGUAGUUGAAUAGUGUACACUUUCUUACUACCCACCUUUUAAACGUCUCUUAUCUGCAGUGUUGAAUCCUUAACAUUCCAUUUAAAAUAUGACUCCGUUGUUACAUAAUUCGUUUGAAAAAUUUCACAGGAUAUUAGAAUGUACACUAUAAUUUGUUGCUCGAAUAAUUAAUGUUUUUUUUCAUAUGUGUACACUGUACUGUAAUCUAAAUACAAUUUUAAUAAUGUGUCUCUCAUCGACACUACUCACUGAGUUUCUCACUGGGUCUUCUCAUUGGAUCACGAUUUCGAUCCGGUGGGAGAUUCAGCGAAGCACUGCUCUUGCUAGGUCUAGUGUUAGCAAAUUCUCUCAGGUUGAGCCCGUGAGCUCACCUCCAGUCCGCGCGUAGCUUGAAUAGUCACUUACGCUACCAGUAAAUAAGUAGGGAAAAAAAUGUAUCUGAACAACAGUGACUUUGUCCCAUAAUUUUAGUAUUAUUGUUCAGUUAAAAUAUGUGAAUAUGUUUAAAUUUGUAAGCAGCGUGAAUAAAUUAUUGUAUGGCUAUAGAUUAUCGUUUUACGAAUGUAUACGAAAACUAAAAUAUAAUAUUUGUAUAUAAAAAAUUAAA